GAAAAAAGAAAAAGAAAAUCAUUAUUCAACUUCUCUCUCCUCCAUCAUCAUCAUCAUCAUCGCCAUCGUCGGCCUCUUCCUCUCUCUAAAAAGUUGAAUUCCUUUACCUCUUUCAUUGCGAAUUCCCUCAAAGGCCAAUCUUCGAAUUGCCCUAAUUCGCCACUUUUCCCCAUUUGAGGAUUCUUCUGAUCCUCCGCUACACGAUCCCCUUCAUCAUUUCUUCCCCGAUCCUCUUUUCCAGGGAAGACUCUUCUGUUAUUUCUUUUUUUUUCUUUCUUAUUUCUCUUGAAUUUUGCUUUGUUUUCAAUCGAUUUGUUCGGAGAAAAAGGUUAGGAUAUCGGCGACAUGAGCUUUCAAGAUAUCGAGGCUGGUCGCCCCUUUGCUUCUUCGAGGAGAGACCUCAUCAAUGGCAAACAAGAUCCUACGCAAGCUGUUGCUUCCGGUAUAUUUCAGAUUAAUACUGCCGUUGCUACGUUUCAAAGGCUUGUUAAUACCUUAGGUACACCAAAGGAUACGCCUGAGCUACGCGAGAAGCUGCACAAGACAAGGUUACAUAUUGGACAGUUGGUUAAAGACACUUCUGCUAAACUUAAACAAGCCAGCGAUAUAGAUCAUCAUGCUGAAGUGAAUGCCAGCAAGAAAAUUGCAGAUGCUAAACUUGCGAAAGAUUUUCAAGCAGUGUUGAAAGAGUUUCAGAAGGCUCAACGACUUGCAGCCGAGAGGGAAACAGCAUAUUCACCUUUUGUUCCCCAAACUAAUCUACCUUCUAGCUACACAGCUGGGGAGGCAGAUGCAAGCUCAGAAAAGAAUCUUGAACAGCGUGCCCUUCUUGUGGAAUCCAGGAGGCAAGAGGUCUUGCUGUUGGACAAUGAAAUAGCCUUCAAUGAGGCAAUAAUUGAGGAAAGAGAGCAAGGCAUUCAUGAAAUCCAGCAGCAAAUUGGAGAAGUGAAUGAAAUUUUUAAAGAUCUUGCAGUUCUAGUUCAUGAACAGGGAGCAAUGAUUGAUGAUAUUGGAUCCAACAUAGAGGGGGCACAUGCUGCAACGUCACAGGGAACAACUCAACUUGUAAAAGCUUCAAAGACACAAAGAUCGAAUUCAUCUCUGGCUUGCUUACUUUUGGUGAUAUUUGGUAUUAUCCUCCUCAUUGUGAUCAUAAUAGUCGUUGCUUAAAAGAAAGAAGUAUGCAUUGACUUGACUCAAGAAACUUGCUGCUGUUGUAGCAAACGUCAAAUCUCUCUCUCUCUCUCUCUCCUGUUAGUUUCUUUUGAUUAAGUUUUACAAUUGUGUCUUGAGAUCCUUGCAUUCUUGGAAAAGGGAUGCGGUUGUGAAGGGGCUCUAUGUAUACUAUGUCGAGAACCCGCCUUCAAAGUAUACACAUCGCUUCUAUCAGGUCGACCAUUUCUCUUCCGUUUGAAAAUGUUAUAACCUCUGUUUGUGUGAAA